AUGAAUAGUAAAACUCCAUUUGAUGAACAAUCACCUCAGAUAUUCAUUUCUGAAUGGGAUGACUUAGAAACAGACUUAACAAACUAUCCCUCUUCACCUCAAGUUGAUGGAUUUAUCAAAUAGAUUCAAAACCACAAAUUCGUUAUAGGGAUUUCGAAACCUGAAGAAACAAGAAUAGGCCUUUCUUCAAUCAAAAAAAGCAAAAUAACUAUUAAAGGAAUCUUAGGGAUAUCUAAUCUUCAAAUCUGA